CUCUCAACAUCUCCGAAGAACGGUUUUUAGCCACCAACGGAAGACGAUUCGACCAGUUGUUGCGCCUGAAAGCCCCCCAAAUCAAUCAAAUCGGCACACCAUGUCCGUCAGCUCUACAUCCGGGAGAACCAUGCUUCGACGCACCGCCCUACUGGGCAGCAAAUUGACGAGCGGUGCUGGCAGCAGCGCUCUCGAGGCCUCGCGCUUCGCCCGGCCGGCGGUGUUUGGAUCCUACCGCAGCGUCCACCGUUCCGCACGAUUGCCCGCGAUCACUCCCUCCGAGACCCGUCGCCGGCCUACUCUGCAACCUCACCACCAUUCCCUCGUGCAGGCGCGAGUGAACGGGCCGGCGCCGACGAGCAAGCGCACGAUAUUCAUCCAGACGGAGAACACCCCGAACCCUGAUGCCCUCAAAUUCAUCCCCAACCACCGCGUCCUCCCCGAAAACUUCCCCACCACCUUCCUCGAAUACCUCUCCCCACGCUCGACCCUCGCGCCCCCGCACCCGUCCCCGCUGGCGGCGCAGCUCCUCAACGUCGAGGGCGUGACCUCGGUCUUCUACGGGCCCGACUUCAUCACCGUCACCAAAGCCGCCGACGCCAACUGGGCGCACAUCAAACCCGAGGUUUUCAGUCUGAUCACGCAGGCCGUGACGUCGGGCGAGUCGAUCGUCAACACGGUCGCCAAGACGGGCGGCGAGGCCUCGCAAGGCGAGGAGGCGGACUCGCUGCGCUUCGACGAGGAGGACGACGAGGUGGUCGGCAUGAUCAAGGAGCUGCUGGACACGCGCAUUCGCCCGGCCAUCCAGGAGGACGGCGGCGACAUCGAGUUCCGCGGGUUCGAGAAUGGCAUCGUCCUUCUGAAGUUGCGCGGCGCCUGCCGGACCUGCGACUCCAGCACGGUGACGCUGAAGAAUGGGAUCGAGUCUAUGUUGAUGCAUUACAUCGAGGAAGUCCAAGGUGUUGAGCAGGUGAUGGACCCCGAGGAGGAAAUCUCGAUGCACGAAUUCGCCAAGUUCGAGCAGAAGCUGCGUCAGCAGAAGGGGCCCGAUGCUACGGCUUCGACGGGGGGUAAGGGGACGUUGGAUUCGGCUCCUUAGUGGCGGCACUGCAGACUUUCUGUAUUUUUAUUUUUGCAAGAUUGGAUAUAUACCGGGCAUAUUCUUUGUUAUGUUAUGUGGCUUAGACUAGAUUUAACCAACUCUACAC